AUGACUAAGAAGAGGGCCACAUGCUACCUCCUUCCUGAAGAGCCAUGCCCCUUGCGCACUGUUCAGAAUAAGAACAGCAUCGGCAAAGUGAUGUUUCUAACAGCCGUCGCAAGGCCAAGGUAUGACGAAAAUGAUUUGAUCACCUUUGAUGGCAAACUCGGAGUGUGGCCCUUCGUGAAAGAAACACGAGCAGCAAGAAGCAGUCGAAAUAGAGAGAGGGGCACUCUAGAAACCAAGUCAAUUAUUGUUAACAGGGAUGUUAUGAGGGAGUAUGUAUGUGGAAAGCUGGUUCCUGCUAUACAAGACCUGUGGCCUGAAGAUGAUGUUGGCAGAACCAUUUUUAUCCAGCAGGAUAUUGCCCAAACCCAUGUCUUACCAACUGAUGAAGCUUUCCUACAUGCUGUUGCAGAAACUGAUCUAGAUAUUCAACUCAUGCAACAACCACCAAAUUCUCCUGACCUCAAUGUUCUAGACCUAGGAUUCUUCAGGUCGAUUCAAUCGUUAACAGAUUGUAGAACACCUACAAAUAUCAAGCAGCUGAUUGAAAUUGUGCAAGAAGAGUAUGAUGGCUAUGAUGUGAACCUGUUAGCCAGAGUUUUUGUAACACUGCAGCCUUGCAUGCUAGAGAUUAUGAAAGAUGAGGGAGGCAUGGGAUACAAAAUCCCACAUAUGAACAAGCAGAGGCUGCAGAGGGAAAGAAGGUUAACUACUGCUCUAAAAUGUGACGCUGAACUGUACCAGAAUACUUUAUCACUAUUGAACCAGAUGAUAAUACAUUGA